AUGGCGCAGCACCCGUGUGUGGCUACUGAGCCCUUGAAAUGGGCCUCCCCGAUUGUGACAGAAAAGGAGGCCAAACAGCUCCUGCGGUCCAGGCGCCAGGACAGGCCCAGCAAACCCGGGUUCCGGGACGAGCCCAUGCGGGAGUACAUGCACCACCUGCUCCGCCUGGAGCGCCGAGCGGAGGAGCAGUUCCUGGAGCACUGGCUGAACCCGCACUGCAAGCCCCACUGUGACAGGAACGUGGUGCACCCCGUGUAGGGCUCGGGACCAGCCUCCGCUGCGGAAAGGGAUGUUUUUGGACCUUGUGAACUGUGGCCAUGGCCAAGGCUGCUGUGGGGAUUGAUGGCGAAUGCACGGGCUGCUUCAUUCUCCUAACCUGCCAAGAGCUUCAAGUACGGACCACGCCUCCCCCCCAUGGGCUUCCUACCAGGUUGGAAGGGUGGGCAGAGUGAAGAUCUGGCCUGAGCUGAUGGAGCUGGACUUCCAGAGUGUGGGGCCAGGCGACCUGCACUGCCUGGGGCU